UUUUGGGCCUCCAGGGUUGCCAUACAAAAACAAAUAUGGCGUCUGCUGCGGAUGUCCACGUCCGAAUUUGUGGACAAGAAAUUAUAAAAUAUGACCUGGAAAUUAAGGCUCUCAUUCAGGACAUCAGGGAUUGCCCCGGACCUCAGUCAACUCUCAUGGAGCUCAACUCUCAGGUCAAAGACAGGUUCUGCAAACUCAGACUCAGGAUACAGGAUCUGGAACAGAUGGCCAGAGAGCAGGACAGAGAGACGGACAGACUGGCCAUCCAGGCAGAGACAGAGAGCCAGCGAAGGCAAAUGAUGAGUAACCAGACAGCGUGGAGAAAAUCUAACCUGGCUUGUAAACUAGCGAUAGACAACGUGGAGAAGGACGAGCUGCUGCGUGGAGGAGAUAACCAGAGUACCAGACAGAGGAAGGCGACCAAAGAAAGCCUAGUGGAAACCAGCAGCAACAUCACAGAGAGUCUGAUGUCUAUCAGCAGGAUGAUGUCUGAACAGGUGCAGCAGAGCGAGGACAGCAUCGGCACACUGGCCACCUCCUCUAGGACGGUGCAGGAAACCAACGAGGAGUUUAGAAACAUGACAGGAACCAUCCACCUGGGAAGGAAACUGAUUCUCAAGUACAACCGGCGGGAGCUGACGGACAAGCUGCUUAUCUUCCUGGCUCUGGCCCUCUUCUUUGCCACCGUCCUCUACAUCCUGAAGAAACGUCUCUUUCCCUUCAUUUAGCUGGUCGGCUGCUCGUUCAUGCUGUUCCUUAGAGGUACCCAGGUUUCAGGAAGAAUGUUUUCCAGUUAGCCGGUAUGGAGAGAAUACAUGGACCACAGUUAGAAGUAGCACUGAGACCAGACCUCCGCACAUGGAGGCUGUUUCCUCUUGUUUAGCACCCUUGUUUUUAGCUUGAACAAUAUGCAAUAUGUGGGUCUAUAAAAUGGGUAUGAAAGUUUUUGUAAGAUCAACUUAUGGAUUUAAACUGGCAUUAUGGGGUUUCAUGCAACAGUACUGAUAGGUUUAAAGCCAUAGCAUGCUUCACACAAACCUGGUCGCCAGCGCAAAACUGAUUACGACACAACAGAUAAACAUCGGCCACUGACAUCGGUGAAUACCGUCUCAUUUGCCGAUGUUCAGCCUCUAAGAAUUGACUGUAUCUCGAUGCAACAGUUCAUAUAAAUUAGGAUAAGGAUGCACACUUUCAGACAGUCUCUCCUUGAAGGUCUUUAUGGCGCUGCAUGUGCAGCAGUGACAGCAGUAGAUGUUUAAAUUCUGCCUACUUUCACACGUCUGCACCCCUGAGCAGAUGCUGCAUAACGUGAGUGUGACUAUUUUAAAAAAGCACUUUGAAGCGUAUUGAGGUCUUACCUCAUCUGACAUUUGGAACUUACCAAGGUCAAGGCCGUAGUAUGUAAUAACCCUGCUUUUGUUUACAUUUUGUCAAAUAACAAUCAGUGUGUGUUCAAUAUGGAAAGUGUAUGUCGGUCUGCUCUUGAUGACUUCCAAAGAUGCUUUUGCUACAAUUAUUGACAAGUAUACCUUGUGCCUUCCUUCCUUCCAUUUCAACAUCCAGACUACUGAGUCAGAAAUCUCAUUAUGUACCAUGUUGAGUCAGAGACUGUGUGAAUGCACAAGGUUUGUUUGUUUGAAUAAAGUUGCAAAAUAUUGAGGGACACAUUGUUUGUGGCAGCAUUGCCACAGAUGUGCCAGUAGAUGGCAGGAUACCCAACGUUUAUCACCAUCAGAGAUGCUACACUGUGAAUUUGUGUGAAGAACUAUCUUACAGAACUUAACACACUUCUCUCUGUUCAGUAACAUCAUUGUAGUUUAUUGACUUUCAAUUAAAAUGUUUACAAAUGUAUUUUUCGAUUCAUUUAAAUAAAAACGUACAAAACAUA